AUGAAUUACAAGAAAGAAACUUUAGAACUACUUGGUUAUGAAAACAUUGAAUGUUUUAUACCAAAAAACUUACUAAUUGACUUCCCAUAAUACUUUACUACAGAAUAACAACCUCCCUUGGUAACUGAAGUAUCUGAAAUGACUGAAAAUGGACUUAUUUUUAUGUCAGCUCUGAGUCAGAAUAAUACUCCUUAAGUUUCGUCAUAACUUUUAAGAUCUGUAUAAUCAAAGAGUUCUCAAGGUAAAAUAAGAAUCUUUUUUCCUUAAAAAUGGCCAGUGGUGAAGACCAACAUGAGUCCGUUUUCUUUUUCAAGAUAUUCUCAUUUUCAAUCCUUAAUCAUUAGAAAUUGGUACUACUUAGAUAAUUGCAAUAAUAUUUAAGGACCAUUUUCAUGUGUUGAAAUGGAUAAUUGGUAUCGUAAAAAUCUUCUCAAUCCAGAUUUAUUGAUAAGUUAUAAAUCAAGAGACUUAACUUCGUUUGUCAAAGUAAAAGAUCUUCUUAAAGAUUCUGAAAACCCAAGAUGCAACAAAAUUCUAAAGUAGAUGUAUUAAAGAGCAUCAAGUGCUAUAAAAAAUAAAAAAAGAAUUUCGAGUGAUUCUCCAAUGAGUAAAGCAUCAACUGAACUAUCUUUAAGCAACAAUAAUAGUUGUUAAAAAUAGAGAUAACCAAUUUGGGGAGUUGAUACAGAUUAUUUGUUAAGUUUUUGAUAAAACAAAAAUAUUCAACAUCAUA